AUGCAGUUAAGGUCUGCAAGUGUGAAAAAGACGCUGUUUCCUGGUUCCCCGCUUUUUGCUUUGAGAAGCGCAAAAGUGUUGCAUACUCCCGUGCUGAGUGUGGAAGAGCAGAAAAAACAGCAGGAAAUUCGUGAAACGGAAUACAAGAUGGCUGAAUCGAUCAAUGCGCUGGUUCAAUGCUGUGCUGCGACGAAGGGAAAAGUUGAGCGAAUUCGUAGAGCAAUUGAUGCCGCAGGUAACGAUAGUGGAAAGUUCAAUAUUCAUGGAUUGAACUUAUAUUUGAAAACCGUUGAUUCUGCGUAUAUGGAAUACAAUGAUUUCCAAAAUCGGAUAUAUUUGUCGCACCCAUCCAAACGAGCUGAAUUCGAGACUGGGUUUGUGGAAUUCGAAGAGCUGUACGAAUAUGUUCGCAUUGAGCUCAGUAAGAUGAUUCAAAAUCAUGAAGACGAGCAAAAGGCAAUUGGCAUGGCAGCUGCAAUGCAGAGAGAGCAACAGAUGCUGAAGUUUUCACUGACUGAGGAAGGAAAUCGGCCUAGCACUAGUGGAUAUCAACCGGGCAGCGUUCAAGCUCGAAUUCCAUCGCUUCUACUGCAGAAUACUCCUCUACCCACGUUUGACGGACGAUAUGAAAACUGGUUCAAGUUCAAGGCCAUGUUUUGCGAUAUUAUCGACCGAUGCACCAGUGAUUCCCCUGCUACUAAGUUGCAUUUUUUGGACAAGGCGUUAGUAGCCAAGGCUCAAGGUGCGAUCGAUCAGCAAACUCUGAACGACAACAACUACGAGGGAGCCUGGAAAAUUUUGACGGAGAGAUUUGAAAAUUUACCGAUGGUUAUCCAUGGUCAUAUUACCAAGUUGUUGAAUUUGAAACCUAUGGCUAAGGAGUCGUUUCAGGAAUUGAAAACGCUGGUUGACGAUUGCGAGAAACGGGUGGACUCUUUGGAGUUUCACAAGUUAAACAUGGAUAAAAUGGCUGAGGCUAUUAUUGUGACGCUUUUAACUUCCAAGCUCGACCCUGAUACACGAAAGUGUUGGGAAACGACAAUUGAACACGGCAAAUUGCCGGUGUACAAGGACACAAUUGCCUUUCUUCGAAAACGCAGCUAUGUACUAGAGCGCUGUGAACAGGCAGCCAGUCUGAAGCAGACCAGAGGAGGAGCUGCGACAACUAAGACUGCCCCCUUUUUUAAUAAGGUGCAUUCGGUGGUGGUACAGAAAAAUGAAAAUCAUUGUCCGGUAUGUGAAUCGAAUCAUCAUGUAGAAAUGUGUGAAGACUUCAAGAAAUUAAGUAUCGCUGCGAGAUAUAACAAAGCGAAACAAGCUGCUUUGUGCUUUUCCUGUUUAAGGAAGGGUCAUCGCACAGCGAACUGUCGAUCCAGUCAAGCUUGUUCAACGUGCUCGAAGAAACAUCAUUCUUUGAUGCACCCCGAGGAACGGAAACUAGAAUCAUCAAACCUACCACCUACAGAAUUGAAAUCUGGUGGUGCCGAACUAACGGCCGCAAAGUGUACGCUACCUGAUAUAGUUUAUGUGAACACAUCUGUGAAAAGGCAGGUGCUCUUGGCAACUGCGGUCGUUCACGUGCUUGAUUCUUGCGGUAUGCUACAUAAUUGUCGUGCGCUGCUGGAUUCCGGCGCGAUGGCUAAUUUUGUGUCGGAGAGAAUGAUCGAUUUGCUUGGUCUGCGCAAGGAGUGCGUUGAAAUUCCGGUUAUCGGUGUGAAUGGCAUGAAAACGUUAGUAAAGUUCAAAGCACAUGCCAUAGUGAAGUCCAGAACAAUGGAAUAUGAAUUUGGUUUGGAUUACCUGAUAAUACCGAAGGUUACUGGUGCGCUACCAACAAGAAAGAUCGACAUCGUAAAUUGGCCGAUACCUAACGGUGUGGUGUUGGCUGACCGGAAUUUCAAUGAGCCGAGUCGCAUAGAUAUGUUGAUCGGCGCAGAAGUUUUUUAUGGGCUGCUACUAGCAGGUAAGAUUAGAAUGUCCGAUGAUUUGCCGUUGCUACAGGAAAGCGUGCUGGGCUGGCUUAUAGCUGGAGCAGUAGCUGAUGUGACGCCGGUUCAAACCGCUCGAGUCUGUCAAGUAACGCCAUCUGUUGAUCCGGAAGAUGACCUCUCUGAGUUAGUGAGGCGCUUCUGGGCCAUUGAUGAACAAGUAGAAGAAACGUUUUUCUCAGAUGACGGCUGCGAGGAGCAUUUUAAGCAAACUCAUAUUCGUACAAAGGAUGGCAGAUACGUGGUGAUGCUUCCUUUUCGAACGAACGUGACUGAUCUGGGAGAGUCCCGGAAACAAGCUGAACGAAGAUUCGAACUAUUGGAAAGAAGACUGGAUAAUUGUCCUGAUUUGAAACGAAUGUAUGGAGAAUUUAUCGACGAGUAUGUGGCCCUCGGCCACUGUGUCAGAAUCGAACGUAAUGAAGAUUUUGCUUACUAUCUUCCCCACCACUGUGUAUUGAAGCCAGACAGUUCGUCAACAAAGCUGAGGGUCGUGUUCGAUGCAUCGGCGAAGAGCGACACUGGUUUGUCUUUGAAUGACGUAAUGAAGGUUGGGCCAACAGUGCAAAGCAGUCUUUUUGACAUAAUACUCCGAUUUAGAACCUUCAAAUACUCUUUCACAGCUGAUGUACCAAAGAUGUACAGACAAAUUCUGGUGAAUGAAGCUCACACUUGUUAUCAACGCAUUUUGUGGAGAAAAGUAAGGUCCGAUCCGUUGAGUGAAUUUGAAUUGAAAACGGUGACCUACGGUACGGCAGCUGCACCAUAUUUAGCUACUCGCUCUCUGCUCCAGCUAGCUAACGACGAAGAAAGGGAAUAUCCUUCAGCUAGUGUUGAAUUGAAGAAAUCUUUCUACAUUGACGAUGUUUUGUCGGGUGCAAACACAUUGGUCGAAGCGAAGAAAUUGCGAGACGAUCUAGUGAAACUGUUAGCUAAAGAAGGAUUCGAGCUUCACAAAUGGUGUGCCAAUGAUGAUGAACUGCUUGAAGGCAUUCCUCUGGAAGCUCGAGAGAAGCAGAUGGCGUUUGAAAAUUGCAAUGUAAAUGGAGUAAUAAAAACGCUCGGAUUAUACUGGAAUCCGACCAGUGAUGAAUUUAUGUUCCGUGUUAGGGCGAUUGAUGAUGAUCUAAAACUGCCAACUAAGCGACAAGUGCUAUCAGAAACAGCGAAGCUGUUCGAUCCCUUAGGGCUUUUGGCACCGACAAUUGUUAUCCCGAAGCUUAUUAUGCAACAACUGUGGGUCGAGAAAAUCGAUUGGGAUGAAACGAUUCCUUCAACACUAUUUGAACGUUGGAAUCGCUUUCGAUCAGAGCUGUGUGGUAUCAGCAACGCGAAGAUUGAAAGAAGAGUGACAGUCGACGACACCGUGAAGAUAGAACUACACGGCUUUGCAGACGCAUCCACAAUAGCCUAUGGAUGUUGUAUUUAUCUACGAAGCGUAAAGGUUGAUGACACUGCGGAAAUGAAACUUAUCUGUGGUAGGUCUAGAGUAGCGCCAUUAAAGGAAACACAACGUGGAGAGAAACCAGAUGCGAAACCUUGUGAAAUGACAGUCCCACGACUGGAGCUAUGUGCUGCACUGCUCUUAGCACGGCAAAUGAAAGCAGUUCGAGAAGCGUUGGCCGUAGAUGCCAGCCAAGUAAUGAUGUGGUCAGAUUCGAUGAUCGUACUUUCAUGGCUACAAAAAACGAAACAAGACACGUCAGUAUUCGUUCGUAAUCAUGUUGCGAAGAUUCAAAUGUUUACCUCCACUUCCACAUGGCACCAUAUUCCAACAAAACAGAAUCCAGCAGAUGUGGUGUCGCGCGGUUUAUUUCCAACGGAGUUGAUGGAUAGUAUGUUAUGGUGGAAGGGUCCACCGUUCCUGCAGACCACUGAGUACGACGAGAAAUUUGUUACCGCUUAUUUGUCUACUGAAGCACAGGUAAUAGCUUGUUCGACAGCUGCCAUUGCUAUUCCAGAGAAUCGAGCUUAUGAUGUGAUUUUAGCGACAAGUAAUUUUCGACGACUACAACGUGUUUUCGGCUACAUAGCGAAAUUUAUCUUCAACUGUAGACGCAGAAGGAUGGAAAGGCGUACUUGCGAGCGACUUGACAGUUAUGAUUUGAGAGAAGCUUUAAGGAUCAUGGUAAUUUGUGUUCAACGUGUUGUAUACGUAGAGGAAAUCCAUUGUAUCCAGAAGAACAAACCAGUAAAGGGUAAGCUACGAAACCUUAAUCCAAUGCUUGAUAACAAUAUUUUGCGAGUGGGAGGCCGAAUCCGGCACUCUGACCUUCCCAAGGACCAGAAGCAUCCGAUGAUACUACCAGAAAAAAACCAUUUUACGGAAUUGUUAGUAGACGCUUUGCAUCGUGAACACUUACAUGUCGGAUUGAAUGGUUUACUAGCCAUUAUCCGCCAGAAGUAUUGGCCAGUUAAUGCGAAAAGAACUAUUCAUCGUGUACUGAAACGAUGCGUGACGUGCUUUCGAGCGAAACCAAAAACCCUUGAGCAAUAUAUGGGAGAUUUGCCGAGUUGUCGUGUAACAGCCGCGGCACCGUUUAUCCGAACCGGUGUUGAUUAUGCAGGACCAUUUUAUCUUAAGCAAGGGCGAGGAAAGGCUGCAAUGAAGGCGUACGUUAGUUUGUUCGUAUGCAUGUCUACGAAAGCAAUCCAUCUAGAACUAGUGACUUCCCUUACAACAGAUGGAUUUCUGGCUGCAUUGCACAGAUUCGUCGGUCGUCGUGGCAACGUUUUAGAAAUGUUUUCCGACAAUGGAACGAAUUUUACUGGCGCUUGUAAGGAUUUGAUUGAACUCAGACAACUAUUGAAUUCGCAAGCUUUGCAAGGACGAAUCGACGAGUUUUGCCAACUACGAGGAAUUUUAUGGCGGUUCAACCCUCCCAAGGCGCCGCAUCAGGGUGGACUUUGGGAGUCUAAUGUGAAGUCAAAGAAGAAUCAUCUCUACAAAUCGCUUUCUGAAAGUUACAUGACGUACGAAGAAAUGAACACUCUCUUAAUUCAGAUUGAAGCAAUUCUCAAUUCGCGACCACUGAUUCCGAUGAAUGAUGAUCCCUUUGACUACGAAGCUCUCAGUCCUGGACACUUUUUGAUAGGUCGGGAACUGACAGCUGUUGCCGAACCUUUUUAUGACGGACUAAAGGACGGCGUAGUAUCCAGGUACCAGUUGGUGCAAAAACGGAAACAAUGUUUUUGGAGACGCUGGUCGAAUGAGUAUGUUACGACUCUGCAAAAGAGAAGCAAGUGGACGAAGGAGCCCGCUUUGUUACGCCCAGGCCUACUGGUAAUCCUAAAGGAGGACAAUGUACCUCCCCAAAUGUGGAAAUUGGGUCGCAUUUCUGAAACACACCCGGGAAAGGACGGCGUGACACGAGUUGUGACUAUACGAACUAGUCGGGGAACGUAUCGAAGACCUACUACGGAGAUAGCUGUAUUACCGAUUCCAGACAACGAUACCGCGAUACCUGCAGAGGAAAAUUGA